AUUUUUCUUUGACUACUGGAUUAGCAGAUAAUUAUCGUUGCAAGGAGUUGCAUGGCGGACACGCGUGCAUGGAUUAGAAGAGAUAGAGACAGAGAGAGCAGCCAUGAUUUUGCAGUGUCAUCCGACACAGGCACAUGAUCAUCAUCUUCUAAGUUUAACGUUCUCUGUAAUAAGAGAGAGAGAGAGGUGGCGAAUGACGAAUCGGCGGUGAAAGACGGAAAGCAGAAAGAGAGUCACGAGAAGCUCGGGGUGGUGUUGAAGAAGAGGAUAAAGGAGUGGUGGGCGUUUGAGUGAUAUCUCCACCUUCAGUCGUUAGGGUUUUUUUAAUUUGAACUCUGAAUCUUCAUUCUCCCCUUUUCGAUUUCGCUUUUUCUUCUGAUUUCCCCAUUUCAUGAGAUCCUUGUGACUCUCCCUUCAAUGCCCCCCUUUUUAGUCUCUGAAAAUUCAAAGUAGAUACCCGAUUCUCCUCACUUUUUCUCCGCUUGACGUUCAAAUUUCCCUCCGCAUUUCCCUUUUUCCCUGCAGAUUCAGAUUCCUCUCUCGUAGGUUUUCUUUUUCCCCGAUGGUUUUGGAAGGAAACGGCGUCGUUUGGCUGGGCACCGCCGGAGAACAGCCACCGGAGGAGACCGACGGCGAAGAAGCUGCUUCCUGGACCAGAAACCAAGACGACGGAGGAGAUUCUCUCUCACAUUUCAAACCCAUGCUUGAGGGUGACUGGUUCGCGAACCCACCUCCUCACGAUCUCCAGAUCCUCCAUAACCACCAUGACUUCAGAUUCCUCGGUGGAUUUGCCUUUAACCCACCUGAGAAUCUCCUUCUUCAGCAGUCGAUUGACUCCUCUUCCUCGUGUUCUCCGUCGCAGGCGUUUAACCUCGACCCUUCACAGCCACCUCAACCAUUCUUAACGGCCAAGUCCUCCGUCGCCUCCCUCCUCAGCGUCCCCUCCACCAACCCUUUUGACAAUGCCUUCGAGUUCGGCUCUGAAUCCGGUUUCCUCGGUCAGUUUCAUGGGAAUCAGGUUCCGAAUUCGAUGGGUUUCUCCGGAUUGAUGUCCCAAACCCAGAUGGGGAACCCGGACUUCAGUUCCGGUACCGAUUUUCUCGCUGUACGGUCGUCUCUUCCGCCGCCGGAAAACAACACCGUGUUGUGUGGCGGUGGGUUCAACCCUCUAGAACUGGAGGGCUUCGAGGCCGCCGCGAAUGGCGUUUCCGGGAACAGAGCCAAGGUCCUGAAACCGCUAGAGGUAUCGGCAUCAUCGGGCGAGCAGCCGACACUGUUCCAAAAGCGAGCUGCAAUGCGUCAGAACCCGGGAAGUAAACUGGGAAGCUCGGAGAAUUCAGGAACGAGGAAGCCGGGUGACGAGGAGGAGAUGGAGGAGACGGGGAUUGAGGUCUCUGGGCUGAAUUACGAGUCGGAUGAGCUCAACGAGAGCCAAAAGGCCGGUGAGGGUUUUCAGAAGGGUGGAGGAGAGCAAAAGGGUAAGAAGAAGGGCAUGCCGGCCAAGAAUUUGAUGGCCGAGAGGAGGCGGAGGAAGAAGCUCAAUGAUAGGCUUUACAUGCUUAGAUCAGUUGUCCCCAAGAUCAGCAAAAUGGAUAGAGCUUCCAUACUUGGAGACGCCAUUGACUAUCUGAAGGAGCUCUUGCAGAGGAUCAAUGAUCUUCACAAUGAACUGGAUUCAACUCCAUCUGGGUCAUUGCCUCCGCCUUCCUCAAACUUCCACCCAUUGACACCUACCCCUCAGACCCUUCCUUGCCGUGUCAAAGAGGAGUUGUGCCCUUCCUCAUUGCCCAGCCCCAAAGGCCAGCCUGCAAGAGUUGAGGUAAGGUUAAGAGAAGGAAGGGCGGUGAACAUACAUAUGUUCUGUGGACGUAGACCAGGUCUCCUGCUUUCCACCAUGACAGCCUUGGACAACCUAGGAUUGGAUGUCCAACAGGCCGUCAUCAGCUGUUUCAACGGCUUCGCCUUAGAUGUUUUUCGUGCUGAGCAAUGGAAAGAAGGGCAGGACAUGUUGCCUGAGCAAAUCAAAGCAGUGCUUUUAGAUACAGCAGGCUAUGCCGAUGUGGCUUAGCACAAAGCCCACAUGACGCGACGAGCAAGCAACCACCCCAUAGGCAGAGAGGCAUCAGUGGAGCAGCAAAGAUCUAAAGUCGUUUAGUGUUGCAAUUUUCUUGCUCAGUUUCAUCAAUUGAAGAAUGUAUCAUUAAGCUUUGCCUCGACUCUGAAGGUUGGGUUAACAUUACAUACUCAACCUUUUAGCAAUGUAUCUUCACGUGCUUUUGUGCAUAAGGGAAUUAAGAUUCUACUUUGACU